GUCUUCAACCACAACCCAAAAACUACUGAAAUUCCCAAAGGCAAAAAACAAAAAUACAAGAUGAAGAGCAAGUUCCUUUUUGUUUUCCUAUUCUUGGGAAUUCUUAACUGUGAAGCACAAUAUUUCAAUGCCAACCCAUACGACUAUUUACAACUAGCCUUAAGGUGGCCUAAUUCCUAUUGCUUGACACAUGAAGGUGGUUGCAGGGAAAUAGUACCACAAUAUUUCACUAUUAGCUACCUUCAUCCCAUGAGAAGAGGAGGCCCUGAUCUGCGAAAUUGCCCCUCACCAUUUAAUAUGCCAAAUAGCACUAUGGAGACAAACAAGAAUGACCUACUCAAAUACUGGCCUGAUCUGAGAACUGAUAAUUUUAUUGAGAGCAAGUCAUUAUGGAGGGACCAAUGGAGAAUGUUUGGUUCAUGCUAUAGUAUGAUGCCAGAUGACUAUAUUGUUUAUGCACUCAACAGUAGAAAGAGAAAUGACCUCAAGAAAAUCUUGACAAAUGCAGGUAUUGUUGCAAGUGGAAAUCCAUAUCCAACACGUAGGAUACUACAAGCUUUCAGGAAAGCUUUAGGUGUGAAUGUUGACAUAGUUUGUGAGCCAGAUAGAAGUGGAAAUGUUUAUCUUGCAGAGGUCCAUCAAUGUGUUGAUGCUGCUGGAACAACAUCUAUAGACUGUGACAAUAAGGCAAGAGGAUGUGAUGAUGACCCCAUCUUUCCCUACAUGGGAUUCCAACCGGAUAAAGAUCCCAAUUAAGUAAUAACACCAUGCAAUCAUGCAAAAUCUCCUUAUUGUAUUACCCCUAUAACAACUAUGUAUUCAAAAUAAGGGGUUUUAAGUGUAUGCUAAGGAAAUAAUUAAUAAAAUAUUUGAAUAAAAUUCAGAAAAGAUUUGCCCAAAAA